GGGAGAAGCAGCUGACUCGAGGCUCGGUGUGAGCACAGAGAGAGAGAGAGAGAGAGGGCUGCUGUGUGCCUGGUACUGCAGCUUCAGGAGGGACUGUGCUCAGCGGAGGGAACCAAAUUCCAAACAAAAUGCUGUCCACCCAGAACCUGCCCUGCUGCACUGUCAUCCUAUUAGUGCUGUUUAAACUGGCCCAUGCCCAGUACGAGCACCUGGGCUACCCGCCGGGCUACCCUGAACCGGAACAGGAACAGUACACUGCCCCUCAGUUGGCUCCAGACACACCCAGGAUUCAGCUCCGACUGGCCGGAGACAAGAGGAAACACAAUGAGGGCCGCGUGGAGGUUUUCUACAACAACGAGUGGGGAACCGUCUGCGAUGACGACUUCACCAUCCACGCUGCUCAGGUGGUGUGCAGGGAGCUGGGCUACCUGGAAGCCGUCUCGUGGUCACCAUCUUCAAAAUAUGGGAAAGGAGAAGGACCCAUCUGGUUCGACAAUCUCCACUGCACUGGCAAAGAGAAGACCUUAGCGCUGUGUCCGUCCAACGGGAUCGGCGUGUCAGACUGCAAACACAGCGAAGAUGUAGGUGUGGUGUGCAGCGACAAGAGGAUCCCGGGAUUUAAAUUUGUCAACACAUUGCCCAACCAUGUGGAGAGCCUUGAUAUUCAAGUGGAGGAUGUACGCAUUCGAGCCAUCUUGUCAUCGUACCGCAAGCGAAUCCCUGUAACAGAGGGCUAUGUAGAGGUCAAGGAUGGCGGCAAAUGGAAGCAGAUCUGUAACACAGAGUGGACCCAGUUUAACGGCAGAGUCAUCUGUGGCAUGUUUGGCUUCCCUGGGGAGAGAAAGUACAACGCCAGAGUCUACAAGAUGUUUGCUCGCAGGAGGAAGCCCACGUACUGGGACUACUCUGUCAACUGCACUGGAAAUGAAGCCCAUUUAUCCAGCUGCAAACUGGGUCAGGCUACAUCACUGAAGUCCAAUGAGACCUGCACUGGAGGGUUGCCCGUAGUGGUGAGCUGCGUGCCUGGUAGAGCCUUCGCGCCAACGCCCAUGACGGGAUUUAGGAAAGCCUUCCGACAAGAGCAACCGUUGGUUCGUCUCCGCGGUGGGGCUAUCGUAGGCGAGGGCCGAGUGGAGGUGUUGAAAAACGGAGAGUGGGGCACCAUAUGUGAUGACAACUGGAACCUGCUGUCUGCUACUGUGGUGUGUCGAGAGCUGGGCUUUGGUACAGCAAAGGAGGCCCUGUCCGGAGGUCGCCUGGGACAAGGUAUGGGCCCGGUGCAUAUGAAUGAGGUAGAGUGCUCAGGGUUUGAGAAGUCCAUAACUGAGUGUUUCUUCAACAAGGAGGCUCUGGGCUGCAGUCAUGAGGAGGACGCAGCCGUCAGAUGUAACGUCCCUGCUAUGGGUUUCCAGGAGAGGCUGCGCCUGAGUGGAGGCCGUAACCCCUAUGAAGGCCGUGUGGAGGUGCUGAUGGAGAGAAACGGCUCUCUGGUGUGGGGGACGGUGUGCAGCGAUGGCUGGGGGACUAUGGAGGCCAUGGUGGUCUGCAGACAGCUGGGCCUGGGCUUCGCCAGCAAUGCUUUCCAGGAAACGUGGUAUUGGCCGGGGCAGGUGGGCGCGGACGCUGUGGUGAUGAGUGGUGUUCGCUGCUCUGGAACCGAGAUGUCUCUGUCCCACUGCCUGCACCACGGAGCCCACCUCAGCUGCCCUAAAGGAGGCGGACGCAACGCCGCCGGUGUCUCCUGCUCAGAGACGGCUCCCGACCUGGUGUUGAACCCUCAGGUGGUGGAGCAGACCACCUACAUGGAGGACCGGCCCAUGUUCAUGCUGCAGUGUGCGUACGAGGAGAACUGUCUGUCCUCCACGUCCAGCCAGGUACCGGCCAACUCCUACCGCCGCCUGCUGCGCUUCUCCUCCCAGAUUCACAACAACGGACAGUCCGACUUCCGGCCCAAAGCUGGCAGACACUCCUGGGUGUGGCACGACUGUCACAGGCAUUAUCACAGCAUGGAGGUGUUCACCAUCUACGAUCUGUUCAGCCUCAAUGGAACCAAAGUGGCAGAAGGACACAAAGCAAGUUUCUGCCUGGAGGACUCUGAGUGUGACGAAGGUAUUGAAAAAAGGUAUGAGUGUGCUAAUUUUGGAGAGCAGGGUAUCACCGUGGGCUGCUGGGAUACCUACAGACACGACAUCGACUGCCAGUGGAUUGACAUCACCGAGCUCAAACCUGGGGAUUACAUUUUCCAGAUUAUAAUUAAUCCAAACUAUGAGGUACCAGAGUCGGACUACAGCAACAACAUCAUGAAAUGCAGAUGUCGAUAUGAUGGCCACCGUGUGUGGAUGUACAGCUGCCAUAACGGUGGCUCAUUAAGCACUGAAACAGAACAGACGUUCCCAGGCCUCCUCAACAACCAGGUGACCCACAGGUAAAGAAGAAGCAGAAGAGUGAUCUGGCCAUUCCCUCCAGCAGGAAGACUGUCUGAAGCCCUCCAACCACUGCACACCUCAAUCUGUGCUGGAUUCCUCCUGCCAGCUAUGUCCUGGUCAAACCACCUCUUUUUAUGUUCCCCUCAUCCAUGAAGCAGCAGCUUUCUUUGACACUCCACCCCCCUUUUCCCUUCAGCAGAAAGAAUAUUUGAUUCCUCCUCCUGUCUAGACAGAGGCAGCUACUGUUUUACCAGUGCUUCCAACUUCCUUGGUUAAGAUCAAGAGACUGGUGAAGCUCUUUGCGUGCUCUGUGACUGAGAGACCUUUUACUUUUUCAUGAGUGCUGAAUAAACCUGCAGGUUCGAGGCAGUGUUUUACACAAGGUGCAGCAUCGGGGAAUGUCAUCUAGAAUGAGCUUUUUUUUUUUUUUAAAUGGAGCACUUUAACAGCACUCUGUUGCAGUGUAUCUUUGUUCAAAGCUCUCCCCGGAGAGUUUGGAUGUUUGUGCCAGGUCGCCUGAAGAUUGAGAGAAAUUAUCGAUAACAGCAGCAGCUGCCUGUGUGUAACCGUGCAGGUCCUUUUCUUCCACUUUUCAACAGUUUCACAAAGUGCCUUUUACACACUGAAGUCCAGAUACACUGAGGUUAUGUUACACAAGUGUUUCUAUUGCAUGUCGGGUAUUUAAGGUGAAAGCACACGCUUUACUUCUUCAGGAGUUUAUGCAAAUAAACUGUGGCAGAAGCAAGUCCUCAAAAAGCAAACAGCCCGUUCAUCACCAAUUACAAGAGCUAAUUGCCUGAUUCAGCUGCAAGACUAAUCUACCAUGGCUGAAACGUGACAUACUAAAGUGCCUUAAAAUGCCCAAAGGCCUUUUUUUUCUUUUAAUUGGAGCAUCUUCUUCACUGAUCUAACUAAAGUAAAUGGGCUUAGACUGUAGUCACGAUCCAAAAAGAUUUGCACUACUGUCCUUUGGUGUUGUGAAGGUGUGGUGGAAGCGAGCUCAUUUAUCCUAGACAUAAAUAAUAUUCUUAGCUUUCCUGUUUAUAUGUAGCAAUAUUUGUUUCUGAAGCUAAUAUGAGAAACUCAUGUUUCUUUUUUCUUUCACCUUUACAUUCAUUACGUCUCCCGUCGUUAAAGAGCACCUUAACACCGUCUCAUGGUACGUGUCCAUCAUCACUUCAGCGCCUCCCAUUCAUUGUCUAUGUGAGCCACUCUGCAGUGUGUUUUGGUAGCGUUGCAUUGCAUUGCCUGCUCCUCAUUGCCUGCUCCUCAUUUGCAUAAAGUUGAGGUCUUGGGUACUUUACACCUGUCAAGCGCCCAAUGCUAGAAAGCAGUGCGAUCCUUAAAAACUGAACACAUAACAUCAGAAGCUUGUUUUUGCUGCCCUCCAGUGGUUUAACUCCCACCUUGCUGCGGUGAUGGACAGGCGUACUCCAGGUGGUGCUUUGUGAUGUCCCUGUUGGAUGUGGUUGCAGGUGCGACAGAACACGUAUGACCACAGCAGAGUUUUAUUAGAUGCUAAACAAACUUGAAACUUUCAGCCACAGCUGGCAGUAAACGACUGCUUUUUCACCUGGUGUUGAGUUACGUUUUUAUCAGACUUCUUUAAAUUAAUUGUAUAAGGUUUUUCAUUUUGAAGAGUGCCACAGUGCCAUGCUGAAAUGAGACUGUGAAUGAACGGUAGACUUCUCCUUGCAUAAAGCCAGUGACAUUUUUUUAAAGACCCUCUCCUCUCCGUCACAUUUCCUAACAUGUCCAUAUGGUGUUUUUUUUCUAUGCUGGCACCAGCAUGGCUGAACAUUUCCAUCAUGAAACUGCAUAUCAAAGACAGGCUCAUACAUAACAAACCUAUGGAACCAAUCCUGUUAGUAUCCGGUUUGAGCUAAAUUACUGAGUCCUCGGUGAGCUGGUUUGCUUCAUCAGUAGUGAAUGAGGAGGGCUGAGUGAAGAGAGAGAGAGGGACUUCAUAGAUGUUAGAGGAACCAAGUGUAGUGUUACAUUUACGUCAUUUCAAGGCAGGAAGGGAUCAUUUUCAUGGAAAAACCUUCUAAUAAUGUGACUUUGAUACACACAGAUGAAUUAUUAGCUGUUAACUUCAGAGAGGGUCUUUUAAGCGCAUAAAGGCCUAUCCACGUCAUCAUGUAAAACUGAGAAACGUACCACUAAUCUCGGUUCAUUCCAGUGGGUUACAGUUAAGUGAAAGUAAAACGGCACAAAUUUGUUGUAUCGAGUUAACUGAAACAGUGGGUUUGAGACUUCCAAAUUUGAACCACUCUCUGAUAGCAACACCCAUCUUAAAUAUUUUAAAGAAUGAGGCGAUGAGCCGGUGUGCCAUCGUUGCUAAUUAGCUGUGCUGAACUACACUCUCCAGUUUAAUGUCCUCUGGUGGUGACGUAUUAACUGCACCGAAACAUGUCUGAUUAUCUGUUAAGUUAUUAUUCUGUUAGCAACAAAGCCAAGUUAACUAAUUAGCUAACGGACUGUGUGUGUAAUCAUCAGCAGGUUUCUCGGAGAACCUGCUGGAGCUAUUGUGAUUUACCAGUCAGAUAGUGUUUUAGCAUUUUAGGAUUCAUUUUGCUGUGCCACUUUUUUUAGAUAACAUUCAUUUCCAUGUGCAGGGUACAGGACAAGACCAGUCACCCCAGCAGUUUGAGCUUCCAGCCUGCAGGGCAGUUAGCAGGUUAACCAGCUUAGUUAACCAGCUGUAGCAACCGUACAGCUUAAAGACUCAGGCCAGUGUUAAGCCUCUAUCAUACUUUCUUGUGGGUGCGUUCAGACAUCUGCGGACAUCAUGGACAUGCAGCUUUUUUUUUUUUUCUAUUAUACUACUUUUAUACUACUGUAGUAGCUUCCACUUUUGCUCGUCCACGGUGUCCACAAGGGUCUGUGUGUGUCCACAAAGGUACGAUGCAUCUAGUGUUUAUGACGUUUCUGCAACAACCUUUUUCUUCUUUUAAAUAGUAAAAAUAUUAAUGAUAUGUGCUUUAAGACAGUCCAGAGGAGUCUUCAGUCUUCCUACACCAGGACUAUCCUCCAGUGACAUGCUGUCAAUUAAAGGAAGGUUUCAGCCACUUCCUCUCACUGCUUUAUGUUCUCCUCACGAGGACCGAGGAGGUGAUUUCUAUCCUGUGGCGACACGGAUCGCAUCCUCUCAGCACAGAGAGAGCACAUUUCUCCCUGUUAGACGGUCUGUUACAGAUGUGUUGUUUUUCUCCUCUCGCAGUUUUCAAAAACAACACACCAGUAAUUCAUAUGUUAAAGUUACAUUGUUUUUAUUCCCUGUUUCAUUCUUUUUUACAAUAAUGUGUGUGAAUCCAGUUUUAAUGUACUUUUUGUAAUGGUGCUAUCAAACUGGUCCUCUGUUUUCUGAGGGCACAGUACAUGUUGAACAGCUACAUUAUGUAUACUAACAGUAUACUUGAACUGAGCGUACGAAACAAUGUGCUUUGUGUGUUAAACUAUAAUAAAGGUCUGAGUUACGGAGCAACUAAA